UGUCCAGACCCAACCUCACACAACGUUCGGUUCGAACCCAUCGCUCCUCAAAAAUCUCAGACAACUUUCUGUUCGAACCCCUCAGAAGAUGAUUUUCCGGAUACCUUCUCAGAGAUGCUCUGGAGCACUAGGGCACCUCGAUCGAUCUUCAGGCGAAUGUUCAUGAGAAGGACCUAACGCUCAACUAUGAGUUGAUCAAGGAGGUGAUGAUGGCGAUGAGUGGUUCACUGCCGAACGGGAUCCCGCCCCUGAAGGACUUCGAGGCCGCCUUUGUGUACACCACUGCGGCGCACAACUUGCAUGUGGAGCUCCACCAAGUCCGAGGGGGGCAAGAGGAGGAUGAGAGACUGGGCUCACCGGGAGGCCACUCGACUUCGCGCUGCGCUCCAGCACCUUCAUCGCCUGACGGCAAAGACAAGUGUGUCGAGGAACCCUAUGGUGAAGGUGCUCAAGAAGCUCUAUGUUCACUUCCGAAGCAAGGGUUCCGAUGUGGGUGAUCUUGGCCAUGAUGCUUUGGAGGAUAUCGAAAAUGAUCAGGGUGAGGAGCUCGUGAUAGAGAACAUGGAUGAUGAGCCAAUCAUCAUCAGCAUCAAGGAUCUUCCUUCUCCUGGAGAGGGCAUAGCCAUGAAGGCGGAAGAUGUGGAGGCUAUCGAGGACACCAAGGACAAGCCUGAAGUGGUCACUGAGAGGGCUCAGGCCACGGAGGACAUCGAGAGCAAGCCUGAAGUGGUCACUGAGAGAGCUCAGGCCGCGGAGGAGAUCGAGAGCAAGGUACCAGUGGCCGUUGAGAUGGUUCAGGCUGCGGAGGACAUCGAGAGAAAGCCUGAAGUGGCCAUUGAGAUGGCUCAGGCCGCGGAGGACACCGAGAGCAAGCCUGUAGUGGGCAUCGAGAUGGCUCAGGCCGUGGAGGACAUCAAGAGCAAGCCCCCAGUGGCCAGUGAGAUGGUCCAGGCUCUGGAACUCAUUGAGGACAGCCAAAUGCCCUUCCAGGCUGUGGAGAGGGAUGUGGUCCUGGUGGAGGAGAGCCAGCACAUUGAUCCUGAUCCAGCUCAGGUUGUGGAGACCCAGACUGUGAAGAAGUGCCAGGGUGGCCUCACAAUGGUUAGCCAUCCUGAUCUAGCUGAGACUUUGCCUAUGCAUAUGGAGAUCGAUCUUCCUGGCCUGGCUUCGUCAUCGGUGGAGGACGUGGCGGCUUUGAAGGCUUUGGACUUUGUACCAUACUCAAUCAGAAUCAAGCAGUUUUUUUUGACAAAUGGCCUGGAAGCAAGG